AUGGAUUAUAUAUUCGGGCAACCUAACGAUUUUCCACUACGGAUUCUUGUUCCUAGUGAUGCUGUUGGAGCUAUAAUUGGUAAACAGGGUUCAACGGUUAAACAAAUCAAACAAAAAACUCAUGCAAAAAUUGAUGUCAAUAAAAAUGAAGCAUCAAAUAUACAAGAGCGGGUGAUUGCAUUUCGGGGUCAACAGGAGAAUUGUGUUCAGGCAUGUCGAGAAGUACUUGGGAUUAUGCAUGAAGAUGCUACAAGCAAAAAUAAAACUAAUGAUAUUAUCUUAAAAGUGCUUGCACAUAAUAAUUUUAUCGGACGAAUUAUUGGCAAAGGUGGUAAUAUAAUAAACACCAUAAAGAAAGAAACUGAUACAAACAUAACUGUAUCCAGUAUAAAUGAAUUAAAUUCAUAUAAUGUUGAAAGAAUAAUAUCAAUCAAAGGUGAAAUUGAUCAACAAAUACGUGCACUUGAAACAAUCUAUACAAAAUUAUGUUUGGCCUAUGAAAAUGAUAAUGCUCGCGCAUGGAACAAUCCAGCAUCUCAAUAUCAACAGCAACAACAACAACAACAACAAUUGAUGCAACAUUUUACUCAACAAGCAGUAAUGAUGGCUGGGGGUGCUAAUGGUACUACACCCCUGUUUCCUACACAUUACACUCAACAACAACAACAACAACAACAACAACAACAACAACAAUCGAUAGUUCAACAGACACCGACAAAUAAUAGUAAUAAUUCAUCGAGUAAAUAUAUUGAACAAUCACCUCAUCCAACAACAAUGUAUCAUCCAUCUUAUUACCCACCAAUAUUUCCGGUUCCGGGCCCUUAUUAUAUGUCUUAUCCACCAGCAACGGGUCACAUGGUUCCUCCCUAUCCUAAUCAAUAUGGAACUUUAGGAGCUAGCGCAAAUGGAAAUCUUAAUCUUCUUCAACAACAGCAACAUUCUCAAUCGAUCGCACAUUUAUCUCAAAGCGCACCAGCUGCUAAUGAAACUGUUCAUUUAUAUGUACCGAAUACGGUGAUUGGAGCUAUUAUUGGUACUAAAGGUGUUUUUAUUAAAAGUAUUAUUAACAAUUCAAAUGCAUCAGUUAAAAUUAGUCCGCUGAGUCCACAUGAAGAUCAAAAUAAAAUAAUCGAGCGACAAGUAACUAUCUCUGGUACACCUGAAGCUCAAUGGAAAAGUCAAUAUUAUAUCUAUGAUAAAAUACGACAGGAAGGUUAUGCCGGUGAUGAUGAAGUUCGACUUCGAGCCGAAAUCUAUGUACCUACAGCAUUAAUUGGACGUUUAGUUGGCAAAGGUGGACAAAAUGUUCGUCAACUACAACAGUCAACAGGUGCAAUUAUUAAAUUACCAGAAGAUUCACAACAAACAUCAGCAAGUGAAGUACCCGUUAAAAUCUUUGGUCCUUUCCCAGCUAGUCAAUUCGCUCAACGACGUAUUCAAUCGAUUAUUCAAAUGAGUCGUGAUUCAAUAAAUACAUCAAAUGAAGAUAGUAAUAAUAAUAAUAAUAAUAAUGCUCAUAGCAACGGCGAACAAACAAAUAAUAUCAUCUUGAAUAAGAGAUCAUCGGAUAAUCUCAAGGAUAUUUCGACUAUUGUAAAUGGAAGUACAACUAGUGAUGAUGCUGUUGUUGCUUCUAGUACAACACGAAAUUCUGAUGAUAGUAUAACGGUAGUGGAUGAGAAAAAAUCUAGUGAUGAAUGA